AUAUUUUACAACACUGGAUCGAGGCUAAGCAUAAGCGCAGCCAAGUUUGCUUUGCUAAGUUUCCUUUUGAACUGGAUUAUUUUUGUAACUCAUGAUGUCCAGGAAUUUAAGCAUGCGAGCUAAGGUGUUUCUAAAGCCGUUGGUGCUUUUCCAAAUUAUUGACGCCUACGAUCGCCGACCAAAAGGUGACAAUCAGGUUAUGGGCACUUUGCUGGGUCGCAACAAGGAGGACCACAUCGAGAUCACAAACUGUUUUACUGUGCCGCACAAGGAGCAUUCGGAGAACAAACGCAUUGAUCUGGAUAUGACAUAUGCCUCCGAGGUCCUAGAGCUAAAUAUGUUCGCCUAUCCGAACGAGCGUGUGCUGGGAUGGUUCUGCACUGGGAAGUCGGUGUCCCGCUCCGCGUCCCUAAUCCACGACUAUUAUGUCAGAGAAUGCGGCGAACGACAGCCACUGCACCUCCUAGUGGAUGCAUCCCUGAAGAACCAGCGACUUUCGACCCGACUGUACUGUGCUGUGGAGAUGGGAGUGCCUGGUGGCACCAAAGGACUGAUGUUCUCAUUAGUUCCACUGGAGAUUAGCAGCGAAAAUUCCGAUCUGUUGGCUAUGCGUUGCAUAGAAAAGCAAUCGCAGCAACAGGCAAGCAAGCAAAUGGAGCGCUUCGCCCCAGAGUUGGUUCAAGUGGUGGAUGCCACCAGGGACAUACAACAGCGCCUGGACUUGUUGCUGCGCUACAUCAACGAUGUCUUGGCCAGGAAGAAAAAACCGGACAACGUAGUCGGGAGAUCCCUUCAAGCCGCUCUCACUGCCGUGCCGCUUUUGGACUCGGAAAAAUUUCGCCUCAUGUUUAAUACCAACUUGCGGGAUAUGCUCAUGGCCAUCACUCUUUCCACGAUGAUAAAGACCCAGCUGGAGAUCAGCGAGAAGCUGUCUUGCAUGCAGGAUCAGUGAACAAUGACAAAAAACUGACUCGAUCAAUCAAUCAAUCAUUUAUCUGUUAUUUCAGGCGCCUUUUGCUAUUUACACCACUUAAUAAAUUGAGCUUUCAUUAAAUA